AUGGCGGAACUGAGUGAUUUCCAGAAGCGGAGAUUGGAAAAUAUCAAGAGGAAUAAUGACUUACUCAAGAAGUUGAAUCUCAAUGCGGCUUCUCGCCAGUUAAAGAGAGACGCAGGUAUAGAUGGGCAUCGACAACCCAAGAAAAAAUCUAUCAAGAAAAAAGAGGUUAAGCGAGAGCCAAAGGAGCCCAAGGUUCCAACCAGAAGGUCGAGGAGACUAAUGGGAGAAUUGGCCGAUGGAAACACUCCUUCUAGCUUGAAUGAAGAUCAACUUUUCAAGCAAAACCGGGAAGUUGAAGAUUUGAAGAAAAUUAAGGAAACACCAGUGAUCGGAGACAUUAAGCUGAGCGAUUUGAUCAAGGACGAGGAUGAAAACAAACUGGAAGCGCGAUUUGUGGGCUAUGGUAACAAAAACUUCUCAAGUGGAGAUUUUUUCAAGGAGCUUCAAAAAUACCAAAAACCGCCUUCAGAUGUGCAAGAAUUGCAGCAGAAAUUCGAUCUGCAGAUGUAUGAUAUUUUCCAACCCAAUGAGAUUAAGCUCACACAAGAUCGCAUCAGUGCCAUGUUUUUCCAUCCUUCAGAAGAUAAAAAACUUAUAGUAGGAGGAGAUACGACAGGCCACGUCGGACUGUGGAAUGUUACUGACACAGACCCACAAGACCAACUCGUUGAACCAGAGAUCACCAAGUUCAAGCUUUUCACCAAGAAUGUAGGGCGUAUCGACGUGAUGCCCUCAGAUUUGAGUAAAAUAUUGACAGCAUCAUAUGAUGGAAUUCUUCGUUCAAUUGACCUGAACACUUUGAAUAGCGAGGAAAUCUUAACUCUUGAGAAUGAAUACGGUGAGGCAGUGGGAAUCAGCGACUAUCAGUUCCAAACGAACGACCCCCAUCAUAUUCUCCUUACAACUUUAAGCGGCGAAUUUGCAACAUUUGAUGUAAGAUCGAAACCAAGCAACGUAAGUCUGCGAAGAUUGGCUGAUAAGAAAAUUGGGUCAUUUAGCGUUAACCCAAGAAGGCCUCAUGAAAUAGCGACUGGAUCGCUUGACCGUACCCUAAAGAUUUGGGAUCUUCGCAAAAUCGUUAAAAACCCAGAGUGGUCUCAAUUCGAGAAUUGCUCGAGCUAUCAUAUUGUUUCAAUCUACGAUUCAAGGCUCAGCGUAUCCGCCGUUUCGUAUUCUCCUAGUGGUGAAAGCCUGGUCUGCAAUGGAUAUGACGACACGAUCAGACUUUUCGACGUUCGACACGAACCUAAGGAACAACUAGAGCCUAAAAUCACCUUGAAGCAUAACUGUCAAACGGGAAGAUGGACGAGCAUUUUGAAAGCUCGCUUUAAGCCAAAUACAGAUGUUUUCGCCAUUGCUAACAUGAGUAGAGCGAUCGACAUUUAUAACAGUGAAGGGCAGCAGCUGGCUCAUCUUAAAACGGCCACAGUGCCAGCCGUUGUGAGUUGGCAUCCUUUGCAAAACUGGAUUGUGGGUGGGAACUCUAGUGGGAAGGCUUUUCUGUUCACUGACAAUUCAGGGAGCAGUUGA